CAAGCCAGCUUAACUCAGAAGGACAAGAGCCCACUCACUCUAGCUUUUGAACAGAAGGGAAAAUAAUUCCUGCCUACCAAGAGUGAGACUGGACUAUCUAAGGAAAACACUUUGAGCAAAUAUCUACAGCAGAGGGAAAGAAACUGAUUAAAGAGCUGCUCCCUUCCUAGUGGCUUGGUUAAGAAGACUCAUUUUUUCAAUCAGGUGCACGGCACCCAUAAACAUAACUCAUCUAUAUCUCCUGUGGUGAAAGGAAGAGGACGCGGGAAGAAAGACCAUGUCAACAACACUUUGCCAAAUGAUGGGGUUCAUCCUGUCUACCCUGGGAUUUGCAGGGUGCAUAGCUGCCACAGGGCUAGACACAUGGAGCACCCAGGACUUGUAUGACAACCCAGUAACAUCUGUGUUCCAGUAUGAAGGGCUUUGGAGGAGCUGUGUGAAGCAGAGCUCAGGUUUUACUGAGUGCCGACCAUAUUACACUAUUCUUGGUCUUCCAGCUAUGUUGCAAGCUGUAAGAGCCCUAAUGAUUGUAGGCAUUGUCCUGGGUGUCAUUGGUCUUCUAGUAUCCAUCUUUGCCCUGAAAUGUAUUCGGAUUAGCAACAUGGAUGACAGUGCCAAGGCCAAGAUGACUCUGACCUCUGGAAUAAUGUUCAUUGUGUCAGGUAUUUGUGCUAUUGCUGGAGUGUCUGUUUUUGCAAAUAUGCUGGUCACUAACUUCUGGAUGUCCACAGCUAACAUGUACUCAGGAGUAGGUGGGAUGGUACAGACAGUUCAGACCAGGUACACCUUUGGUUCUGCUCUCUUUGUUGGCUGGAUUGCUGGGAGCCUUACUGUGAUUGGAGGUAUUAUAAUGUGCAUUGCUUGCCGUGGACUAGCUCCAGAGGAAACCCAUUACAAGGCCGUGUCCUAUAAUGCCUCAGGUCACAAUGUUGCCUACAGGACAGGAGGCUACAAACCUAGCACUAUCUAUGAAUCCAAAACGAAAUCUAAAAAUGAGGAUGAGGCACAGUCACAUCCUUCCAAAUAUGACUAUGUCUAAGGAUCCAUUAUACAGUUUGUGGAAGAAGAAAAUCACAUUGCAUGAGUAUCAAGGAAAUUAUACAGAAGCCUCCUUAUUUCUUUUGGCUGAAUUUAGUUGGUUGAAUAUUUGGAAGACAUUAAUUUCAUCUAUUGGUUGUCAUGCAAUGUGGUCUAGGAUAGUACAUUACGUGGUUCUCUAUUUACAAUUCCAUUACAGUGUAUUUUGUAUAAAAGUUAUUAGGAGCAUUGGGAACAGUUACGGUUUUUGCAUUGUUUCUUUUUUUAAGUUUUUUUCUAUUAUUUAGUUAUAGGAUGAGAUUCAGAUCCUUUCUGAAACCUUUGGUGUAUUAGCAUGCUUCCCCACUAAGCCAGUGGAAAAUACCCCACUUCUAACCAGAUGGAAUAAUUUUAACCACUCAAAAUAGAAUAUUUUCUGCUACUUUCUCUCCAUUCAAAAGCCUUUAAGGUUUGGCUGUGACUAAAAUAACAAAUAAGCAGUUAUGUGAAAAGGAGGAAGCAUUUGAACUUCUUUUGUUUCUUUCUCUAAAUCUUCUUGCAUUGUAGUUUUCAAAUUCACUUGUGCUUUAUAAAACAUAUUUUCCUGAAUUAAAAUGAUUUCACAAUUUGAGAAGCUUUGAUUACCCAUUCUGCUAAGUGAUAAAGUUAGCCUUUUUCUUCUAGCAUUUCAACCCAACUAGGAAAAUAUCUAACAAUUUCUCACAAGAGCUCUAGCAAUAGCAUUUUUUAAGGAAACAUGAAAAUAAGGAUUUGAGAAUUGUGCCCUCAGGGGAUAGAGGUGAGGACUCCAAUGAGUUGUUGUGUUUUGUUGCCAUUAAAGCCCUAGGUAUAGUUGGCCUAAGUGUUGGAUUGUAAAAAUGAUAAUGUAUCUUUAUGAGACAGACUAACCACCAUACAAUAAAAAGGAGGAAAAAAUACAAAACAUUUGGGUUCAUAUUGUUGCUUUUAUGCUUUUUUAAAUCUCAUUGUUUUUUAAUCCAAUAAAUACUCACAGAUCCUGGUAACUUUUCA